AUGCAGGAUGAACUUCGCUGUUUACCUCUCCCUGUUCCCAGCACCAAGCGUGAGCGCGACUCGAACUCAGGUCCUAAGGCCGUGAGUUUCACAAAUCUAAGGCAGGCCACUGGUUCGGCUCAACUGCCGUACAAACUCGCAUAUCUUGUGGUUACCAGCUAG